UUUAUGUGGCCAUCUUGGAGGUAAUUUUUUUUCCAGCAGCGUUUCUGCCUUCACGUUCAUUUCAGGAGACCCGGCCAGGUCCAUUUAUUUCAUUGCAGCGUCUCGUUCCGGGGAGAAUGGGCUGAGUUAUGCCCUGCGCUUCGCCUGUGUCUGUUGAAGGAAGCCCUGCAGUUUGCCAUUGCGUGUAGGUGGAGGAUUUCAGCGUGAUUUCUGGAGCGAUGUCCAAUAUUAUCUAUAGGAUGUUUGGCGCAGAAGGAGCCCACAGCCCGGACAGACUCAAUCAGUUUGAGCGGCUGUCUGGAAGGCCUCCGCUAAGAGCCGCAGGCUCUAAGAAGAGAGUUAGCUGGCUACAAGCUCGAAGAAUCUUCGGCCAUCCCAGCCCCAGUCUGCGGAUCCCUAACAGGUUUUUAAGAGAAGGUCACAGAGCUCCUCCGGCCCGGAGCGGCCAUCGAUGUGUGGCUGACAACACCAACCUUUAUGUGUUUGGAGGCUACAACCCCGACUAUGAUGAAUCUGGCGGCUCCGAAAACGAGGAUUACCCACUGUUCAGGGAGUUGUGGAGGUUUCACUUCGCCACAGGGACAUGGCAACAGAUCCGCACCGAGGGCUUCAUGCCCACCGAACUGGCUUCGAUGUCAGCUGUUUUGCACGGAAACAACCUGCUUGUAUUCGGCGGGACCGGAAUCCCAUUUGGGGAAAACAAUGGAAAUGACGUUCACGUCUGCAAUGUUAAAUACAAACGAUGGUCCCUCCUCAACUGCAGGGGCAAAAAACCCAAUCGAAUAUAUGGACAGGCGAUGGCCAUAAUCAGUGGCUUUCUAUAUGUCUUUGGAGGCACAACAGGCUAUAUUUACAGCACAGAUCUCCAUAGACUGGACCUGACAACACGUGAGUGGAUCCACUUGAAGCCAAACAACCCUCCAGAUGACCUGCCUGAGGAACGAUACAGGCAUGAGAUUGCUCAUGAUGGACAGAGGAUAUAUAUUCUAGGAGGAGGAACUUCCUGGACUUCUUACCCAUUAGACAAGAUACACGCAUAUAAUCUUGAAACAAAUUCCUGGGAGGAAAUCACAACAAAGCCUCAUGAAAGAAUAGGAUACCCGGCGCCUCGGAGGUGUCAUAGUUGUGUGCAGAUUAAAAAUGAUGUAUUUAUAUGUGGAGGGUAUAAUGGUGAAGUAAUCCUGGACGACCUGUGGAAAGUCAACCUGCAGACGUUCCAGUGGCAUAAACUCCCAGCAGUGAUGCCUGAACCUGCGUACUUCCACUGUGCUGCUGUUACCCCGGCCGGUUGCAUGUACAUCCACGGCGGCGUGGUAAACAUCCACGAGAAUAAGCGGACUGGUUCAUUGUUUAAGAUCUGGCUGGUGGUGCCCAGCCUGCUGGAGCUGUGCUGGGAGCGUCUGCUCAAAGCCUUCCCUCACCUGGCCCAACUCACCCCCAUACAGCUGCUAAACUUGGGCCUCACCCAGGAACUCAUUGAACGCUUAAAAUAAACAGGCGGCAGCUGCAAGUGCAAGAGAGACCGAUUGUGUACCUACUACAUGUGUACAUUUUUUUAAUUUAACUUUAAAGUUUUGUUUUUCGAAGCCGAGCAUUGGCAGGACGACGGCACUUCAAGCCAAAAUGUGGAUGGAAACAACCGGAUCGACUUAAGGACACGUCUCGCCUUAAAACCAAAAACUGUAGGAUGCCUUUUUUUGUUUUGCGUUUGCACCUUUUAAUGAUUUGCAAAACUAAACAGCCACCAGAGAGAGGAUUCCAACACUAUGGGUCAGUGACCUGAAAUGUGUGUUGUUGUUUUUUUUUUGCUUUGCUGAGAUUGUAAUAUUAUUUAUUGGCCUUCAGUGAUGAUUUGGGGGUUGUUUUUACUGAUGUAUCUUAAUUAUGUGUCCUCUUCUGUCAAAGACUUAUUUAAGUUUUAGGAAUCACCACAUUCGCAGCAUGAAUAUUUAAGAAAAGUUUACAGGCAACUGUUCGGAGAACUGCUGUUCAGAAUUAUUAACGCCUGGAAUUUAAAUGGAUUAAGCAAAUAUGAAGAUGUGCUGGAAAUGUGUUCACCCUCACGCACGUUAUCCAAGAUGUAGUUGGUUUUUAUUUACUCGUUUUAAUCUUCAAUAGAACAUUAAAGACUAUUUUAUCUAAAACUGUGGCUUUCGUUGGUCAUAAAAUGGAAUUGAAUUGUUCUAAAAACCCACAUAGCCAAAACAAAACUCAUUGAAGUCUGAUUCUUCACACACUUUCAGAAAUGAAGGUACAGGAGCUGUCACUAGGGCAGUGCCUUUUCAAUGUACAUAUUUGUACCUGAAGGAUACAUAAUGGUACCCCACAGGUACUUUUUAGGUAUGUUUGGGUACUAAUAUGCACCUCCUAGGUAGCAUUGGGGACUGUUUGCGUACAGAUAUGUAUCUUAUAAAAAGGUACUGCCCCAGUGACAGCUCGUGUACAUUUAUUUGCGAGUGUGGAAGGUUUUAAAUUAAAGUUAAUAUCAUAUCCACAUAUACAAUUCAGUUUCUGGCACAAACUUUCUUCAGUUUACUUCAUGACAGUUUGAUGUAUCAUUAGGCGCCCAGGUCAUUUGUUAUGCCUAGAUGCGUUAAGAAAAUUGACUCUCAAAGCAUUUUGAAUCACAAAAGAUGAUUAAUAUUCAAUAAACAAAUAAAUAAAAAUGACUACAUUUUGGAUGGCUAGAGUAUGACUAAGUUACCAGCAAAUUUCAAUGAUUUUCUUAAACUAUGUCUUUAAAGAUUUUACUUCAAAUGGUGCAAAACAGUGUUGAAAAGAUGGAAUGUUUUAACAAAGUGAUUUAUUUAUUUGUUUUCCUUUUCUUCACUGGGAGUGUGGGAGUUUUCGGUUGGAUGCUGUUGCUCAGAUCUGCACUUAAGGCACAAACACCAGACCAAGUAAUGUUUCAGCAAAGCUGUACAGUCAUAGCAAAGCUGUUCCCAUGUUUCACCUGGUUUUGUAAACCAUCACUGUGAACAAGGUGCUCCUUAAGUUUACUUUUAACGCUUUUAUUGAAAUAAAACACUUAUUUUUCUUCCUCCUUAAACCAUCUAUCCCUCAUGCAAAUGUUUAAAUUGACAUUUCAGCCAACUCAUUUAAUUGAUCCAGUGCCUUUUCCAAACAAGAUAUGAUAAUGUGCUAAACGUAACCGUGAGACAAAGCCUUGCUAAAAGCACUUUACAAUUAUUACGCAAUUCAAAAUGAUCUUCUAAUACAUACAUUUUCAUCCAGCACUUGAUACAUUUACAAUUAAAACUAAAGUCUUAGAAUAAUUUGUAUUUGGUCAGCACAAUGCCCACAUUUUCAGCCUUGUGUGGAUCAGUACAGUCAAGUCAUUUAGCAAUAAUGUAGCCGAGCAUCUCUUUACUAUGCUGACCGAUUAAUAUGAUGCCAAAUACAGCAUCUCGAGUUCAGAGUUCAUGCUUUUUGCCUUUUUCUUUGAAACUGUGGCCAUUUGACUACCUUAAUUAGGCACCAGCAAUUGAUGUAGUGGAAUAAAAGUGUUUCAUAAUUGCUAUUAUUUCCACCCUCUGCAUCCCUAUUAGAUUUAUCAUCAAAAUAGCUUUCCUCUGGAUGUAAGUUACAUAUAUAUCCUCCAAAAAAUAAUGGGUUUAUUUUUGCAUGACUGGAUUUCUGUUUGCAUGGAUCAGGACUGAAUGGUGAUGCGCAGACCAACUCCGGAUAUUUCCAGGAUUUUUAACAGCACAGUGGGAUUUUUUUUGGGUCUGCAUGGUGCGACAGGAGUCUCUUCAUUUUUAUUUUUUUUUUAUUUUUUGAGACGAGCUGGAUUUCAAUGCCUCCGUUGUGCAGCAAAUGUUGAAGGUACUCUCUCAUUGGUUACCUGUAACUCGUGUAUCAGUUUUGUGUUUUAUUGUUGAGGAAUUAAUAAACUUGUUCAAACUGG